AUGCAACGCCCUAUUGCAGCUGAACAUACCUUGGUUCUUGCUGAACUGCUCGUAGAACUUCUUGAAGUCCUCCUUCUUCUCAGUGAGCUCGGAGAACAAUUCGAGGCACUUCUUAACGAGGUUCUUGCGAAUGACCUUAAGGAUCUUGUUCUGCUGGAGAAUCUCACGACUGAUGUUAAGGGGAAGGUCCUCAGAGUCAACGACACCCUUGAUGAAACCGAGCCAUUCGGGGAUCAAUUCUUCGCAGUCGUCCAUGAUGAACACGCGGCGGACGUACAACUUGAUGUUGUUCUUCUUCUUGCGGCUCUCGAACAUGUCGAAGGGGGCGCGCUUUGGGAUGAACAGCAGGGCCUUGAACUCAAGCUGACCCUCAACGCUGAAGUGCUUCACGGCCAAGUGGUCUUCCCAGUCGUUGCACAGGUUCUUGUAGAAGCUGGCGUACUCCUCGUGGGUGACCUCGGUGGGCAGACGCAUCCAGAUCGGCUUCUGCUUGUUCAACAUCUCCCACUCGCGGGUGACGGAGGUGACCUUGCGCUUCUUCUUUUCAGCGCUCUUUUCACCCUCCUUCUCCUCGCCAUCCUUUUCCUCCUCGCCUUCCUUCUCGGCUUCGUCGGUCACAUCCUUGAUCUUCUCCUCCUCCUUGGUUUCGGAGUCGGCAGCGGGCUCGGCCUCGUCGUCAGUGACCUCGGUCUCAGUGGUCUUCUCAACAGACAGGCGGAUGGGGAACGAGAUGAAUUCACUGUGCUUCUUCACAAGGUCCUUAAGGCGGCGCUCCUCGAGGUACUCAGCCUGGUCAUCCUUCAAGUGAAGGAUGAGGCGAGUGCCACGCUUCAGCUGCUCGCCGGACUCGUCCUUGGUCACGGUGAAGUGGCCGCUGGCGCUGGAUUCCCACAUGUACUGGUCGUCGUUGUUGUUCUUCGACACAACAGUGACCUUGUCGGCAACCAGGUAGGCAGAGUAGAAACCGACACCGAACUGACCGAUCAUAGACAUGUCGGCACCGGCCUGGAUGGCCUCCAUGAAGGCCUUGGUACCGGACUUGGCGAUGGUACCCAAGUUGUUGAUUAG